AUGCUACCAUUUCAUACAAGCAAUUCAACUGAUGAAUGGGCAUUUACAGUCAAGAAUGAGGUCAGAAUCAAGCUCAUGCUGAGCAAUGACGAUGUUGAAGAAUUAGCAAGACGAGCAAUUAUGAAAAAGUAUGAUCUCGCUAUUUCUAAAUACUCGAAAUUCUGGGAUGUUGCUCCAUUGAUGAUUGAUUCACUAAUGGCCUAUGUUGUCCAAACUACCAAUUUGCCUGUUGAAGGUGUUUAUCCUUACAGAGCCGUUCAUCCAAAUCAGCUGAUGAUAACAUUUCGAUUUCCAUGUUCAUCGAGCGAACGUGCCAAAGAAAUUUUAGAAAAGAUUAUCGAUGGCGAUUAUGAAAUUGAGGUAGCAUUUUACUUUGCCGGUUUUAAACAGGUUGCGACAAAUCUCAUUUCGAUCACUGGUGCCCAACUAAAAAGUGUACUAAGCAAAACAAUCGCCGAUGGUGGAAGCAAAAAAGUUCAGUUUAUUCAUCGAAAGCAAGCAUCAGAAUUUCUAAGUAGGUAUGUUACUAAUGUAAAGAAAAUGAUUUACUUGGAAAAUGUUAAUUCAAAUGUGUCUGCGUUAUCAGCUGGCUUAGAAGAUCAAUUAAUUUCAUUGUUACAACAAGGUAAACUAAGAUCAUUUAUUAACUGA